AUGGCCAGCCUGUUUAAGCCAACUUACACGCACGUCGAAAAGAGCACCGGGAAUAAGACGACCCGCAAGGCGACUAAAUGGUACGGUCAGUACCGCAACGCCGAUGGCGUCGUGAAGCGUGUGCCUCUCGCAAAGGACAAAGCCGCGGCACAGGCAAUGCUUACCGACCUGGUUCGCCAGGCGGAGCGACAAGAGGCAGGGCUGGUCGACAAGUACGAGGCGCAUAGACGCAAGCCCCUUAGCGAGCAUCUAGAUGAUUACAAGCGGCAUCUUGAAGCCAAGGGAAGUACGUCCAAGCAUGUAGAGCAGACGCUAAAGCGUCUUACGCUGCUUACCGAGGGCUGCCGGUUUCAAAGGCUCAACGACCUGGAUGCUGCGAAGGUCGUUCAGUGGCUGUCUGAUCGCCGGCGUGCGGAAGAUCGGUUCUCCAUACGGACGAGCAACUUCUACCAGGAUGCAAUCAAGGCAUUCGGUCGCUGGCUGUCUCUGAAUGAUCGCAUUCUCAAGAGCCCCUUCGGUCAUUUGCAAAGGCUGAGCGUCGAGACUGACCGCCGGCACGAUAGACGAGCAUUGUCCACGGAAGAAUUCGUGGCUCUCAUCAAGGCCGCAAAAGACGGCCCACCAGUGCAAGGUCUCUCUGGGCCUGAUCGGGCUAUGCUCUACGUUCUGGCAUCCUGGACCGGCUUCCGUCGUGCUGAGCUGGCCUCACUGACUCUCAAGUCAUUCGUUCUUGAUGGCCCGCAUCCGAUGGUGACGGUUGCCGCUGCGUAUAGCAAACGCCGUCGUGAAGAUAGCGUGCCGCUGCAUACCGAGGUCGUCGCCAGGCUGAAAGAAUGGCUUCGUGAGCGACCCCGGCUAGCCAAAGAUCAGCCCCUCUUCGAGCUUCGUACUCGAGCCGGCUGGUUCCGCAAUACUGCCAAGAUGAUAAAAUCUGACCUGGAAGCUGCAGGUGUGCCCUACUGUGAUGAGCAAGGCUUAUAUGCCGACUUUCACGCCAACCGGCAUACGUUCAUCUCGAACCUGGCCAGGGCCGAUAUCGCCCCGCAGCGAGUUCAGGUGUUGGCGAGGCAUUCCGAUAUCAAUUUGACGAUGAACGUCUACACGCACCUGGAAAUCUCACACCAGGCGGAAGCCAUUGCCGCACUCCCGAGUCCGCCUGAGAUGGCCGACCUUCGGUCCGAUAUCCCGAUGGAUUCAACCAUCGAACUUGCACUGUGGCUUGCACUAACUCCUGACUUUGAGGCGCAUUGCGUGACACACCAUGACACGGGAGCAAUCGGGAUAAUCGAGAUCGAGCUAGAAGAGGCUGGUUCUAACUCAAAGGCAGAGACGCCCUUAAGCACUGAGCGGCACACGAUGGCACCGAUUGAAGAAGUACACCCCAGAGGAUUCGAACCUCUAACCUUCGGUCGAAAUGGGGUGCCACGAAUGCCUAAGAAUGAUACCAAACCGGGCAAGCCGUAUCCAGACUACCCGCUCUACGCCCAUGCCACCGGCCGAUGGGCCAAGAAGAUCCGGGGCAAGAUCCAUUACUUCGGUCCAUGGAGAGAUCCCGACGGAGCGCUCGAGCUGUAUCAGGCCCAGAAAGAAGCCCUUUAUCUCGGCCGUACUCCAGUCGACCCGGGUGACCGCUGUUCGAUUGCAGAGGCCUGCGACCUCUUCUUGAAUCACCACAAGAAACGCUUGGCCUCCGGUGAAAUAAGCCAGCGGACAUUUAGGGAUCUUCACGACACCAGCAAGCGAGUGGUUCGAGUGCUGGGGAAGAACACGCCCGUCGAGCUACUGCAGCCCACUGACUUCGCAAAGCUCCGGACAGACAUCACCAAGACUCGGGGCAACGUCGCUACGGCCAACGAGAUGCAACGGGCCCGCUCGAUCUUCCUCUACGCAUAUGACGAGGGGCUAAUCGACCGGCCGGUGAGGUACGGUCAGUCUUUCAAGCGGCCACCGAAACGAACAAUUCGCAUCGAGCGUAAUCAGCAAGGUGAGAAGAUGUUCGAGGCUGAAGAGAUUCGCCUGCUGCUCUCCAAGGCCAGGUACCCAUUGAGGGCGAUGAUCCUGCUUGGAAUCAACUGCGGCUUCGGGAACUCCGACGUCGCCAACCUGCCCAUGACUGCCCUUCAGAUGUCCGGAACGAAAGACUGGUGGUGCAGCUACCCGCGGCCGAAGACUGGCAUCCGGCGUCGAGUGCCGCUGUGGCCAGAGACGGUCGGUGCCUUGCGAAUGGCAAAAAGCAAACGCCCUACACCCAAGUCGAAGGACAACCGGCAACUGCUCUUCAUCACGAAAUACGGCCUCAGCUUCGCUAAGCACACCGGUGACAAUCCAAUUUCGAAGGAGAUGACCAAGCUGCUGAAGGAGAUUGGCAUUCGGCGUAAAAAUGUUUCGUUCUAUGCCCUCCGUCACACCUUUGAGACCAUCGCCGGCGACACGAAAGAUCAAAUCGCAGUGGACGCAAUCAUGGGCCACGCCAAAGACGACAUGGCCACAGUCUACCGGCAGAAAAUCUUUGAGCAGCGGUUGCGUGACGUGGUCAAUCAUGUUCGGGAUUGGCUAUUCGAGCUAAGUGAGAUACCUGGCAACAGUUUGGUCCGCCUCAUCAACGACGUCGAAGACGAGGAACGUAUCGGAGAGCGGCUCUGGAAUGCUGGAAAUUCCAUACGACUCCAGGCCGUCGAAAACCGGGAGAGAUCUCGCCAGCUCACGCGCUCGAGCGCGCAGGCGAUCAGACGUGGAAAACUGGCUAAUGAAGCCUUGACUACCGUGCCAUAA